GAAGCAUACAAUAAACCCUAUCUUGCACCCUUCGUCCGUCAUAUCGGGCUCUUGGUACUUCUUUUAUUGUAGGCCUAUAAAACUGUAAGGGGUCCGUGCAGACAAGAAAAAGCUUUGCAACAUUGAAAUCGCGGCUAUUUCUCGGUACUUGGACGCACGCAACACAAUACACCAUAAAUCCAAUGUAAAGGGUGUGUCGCUGUGCUACAUCUGGGUGGUGGUUAAAAACAUGAACCCACAUGUUGCCGUCGAGGCUUCCGUUUCCUGACCGGUUGGUCGCGCCUCGCCUGGUCGUGGCACCCACGGAUCCCCCAUUCCGGUUGCCCCGCGUAGUAGCUGCUGGAUUGCGGGGUUAGAUUUUCACGACAAAUGCCGUCAUGCCUUCAGCCCCUCGACGCUCCUACCUUUCCUCCUUCUUCUCAUUUCUUUCACUGCCGCGGGCCAGGGUGAAGCGCGGCUCACCAUCAAAAAUAAAAACUCGGACACCAACACGGGGAUUUACCUACGGACCCGAUUUUGGGGGUUCCAAUUCGUCUCCUUUACGGUUCCACGCGGGGUAGAGGUCUCUCCCGGGCGUCUACCCCUUUCAAACUCCCUUUGCGGACGCAGCACUGCAGUUAUGACCCGGGACAAUGAGCGACGUUAGCACUGCCGAUUGGCAUCGGAGCUGGAGAGAUGUCCCUGUCGCGGAGGAACAGAUGAUUGGGCUGAAAGAAGUAGAUCCUGAGAAUUGCCGCAAGUGGGUAGUCAAACUACGGUUCCGAAAGCACGGGGAAGGAAACGUAUCUUGGGGAACGGGUUUCUUCUUAAAUUUGCCCGUAUCCCCGUACAGCGUCAUCUUAACGGCGGGCCAUAACCUCAUCAGCGAAAGCGGCCAACCGGUUGAGGACUUGACAAUCCUCCGAGACACCGGCCCGAACAGGCCGGUGAACCAUUCGACUGAGGUUAAAGUUUGUAGCAAUUACAAGGCCCAGCCUAGGCUUGCCAACCGAGUCAACGAUUACGGCGCUAUUCUACUUAACAAAGACGCAUCCCAAGGAGGCUUUGGGUUUUCGACAGCCCUGGGUUCAGCAAGAUCCAUCACGCCCGAGAUCUUUGUUACUGGCCAUCACGCCGGCACUGCCACUGGCAGCCCGAGCACGAACUCGGGUAUCAUUAAGCAUCUUCUCGCCCGGUAUUUAAGAUACAAAGUAGACACCAUCUGCGGCAACAGCGAUGGUCCUGUUUGGGUUGCUUAUGGCGGCUGUGAGACGGCUAUAGCCAUACAGAACUGUGGUGCCGAUUCACUAGAGAGCCCGAACGAUUUGAGUCAGGGCACGCGGAUCAACGCCGAUGUGCUACGCGAUGUAUGCGAGUGGGCAGGGAUCGGUUAUUUCUCGAAGUCUUUGAGAGUAUCACAACUAGGGUCGCCUACCUCAGGUCUUUAUUUGCGACUUUUCGAUGAAUACACACCCGGCCGAGUCCGGCUCGGGCCCGAGGACCUGUAUACCGUCUUUGACAUCAUUCCUGCCAUGACACCUUCGGGUGUGACGGAUGAUACAAAGCUGGACUACGUAUUCCGAUUCCACAAGCCAUCAGGGAAGCCGGGAGACAGCGACGAAGACCGAGAUAGUGAUGAAGAGAGUGACCGAGCUCAACGGGCACCAAAUUCCACGGCCGCGACUGGUGAUGAAGCUCCGCUAUGGGUGAGAUGGCGACCUGAGUUGAGCAGAGUGGAAUUGUCCAGCGAGUUCCGCGAUGAUUGUUUGGUUAAGCUUAUACCAGAGAGGGACGCAUAUCGGAUUCAGCGAGGAGAGUUCAUACUGAGAAUGGGGGACGACGAGAUCCCGAAAGUUCCUCCAGAGGGCCGUUGCGGAUUUUACAGCCUUUACGAGAGCUCGGAGGUCACAUUCAUGCCGCUAAAGGACGAAGUCUCAAAUUACCCAUAUUACUUAUUUGCGCUUGAAUAAGAAGUGUUAGUGGAAGGUACAAAAUUUCUAGCUUUGAAUUGAAUGCAACAAAGUGUUAGGUCUUCAUA